AUGGAUUUCUCUGACCUUGUUCCUGAGCACCUAAAUCCUGAAUAUAUUCCUCGUUCACCGCUUGGAGUUAAAUUUGGUCCCCCGACCCGCAAAGAGUUCUACGAUGAGUCGUCAGAUGUGGAUGAGAAUGAACCAUUGAUGCAAUGGGAGAACAAGAAGAAUCUCCCCAUGUAUCCCGUCCUCCCCGAAUCUUGGAAGGACCUGGGGCCGCUCCCGCCCGUCGCAGGGCCCAAAAUUCAGCCUUUUGACUUCGGCGAUGAUGAUUCUAUCGAGUUUCUCGAAGUAAUUGCUGACGCCAACAAAUGCUGUACCUCCAUUGUCAUGAAAGUUAAGAUCGGAGCACGUAUCUAUGCCCUAAAGCUGUUUAAAUUCUUUUCUCCCAGCCUGCUGGGACCUCACGGCAUAGACUGGGGUGACUGCCACAACCGCAAAUACGAGGACUUUUAUUAUUGGCUGUGGUGCGAUGAUCCCUUUGGCGCCGAGUGUCGCGUGUAUGGCCGGCUUAAAGAGGCUGGCCGCGAAGAUCUGGCAGCCAAAUGUUAUGGAUAUCUGCUGCUCAAGAAGGAAUACGAGAUCCUUCUGGAGCAGAAAUUUGGUCUCAUACCCUCAACAUGGGAUGGGAUGGAUACUUUGUACGAGAGAGCUAAGAUAGGCCGUGCUUUUGCCCAGAAGGAUGGGCAGUACCGCCCUAUCCGAGGUAUUGUCAAGGAACUGCUUGUUGGAAGUGACAAGUUUGAGCCAGCUAAUCGGGAUGGAAUGCUCCGAGAUAUCCUCGGUCUUCACGAGCUUGGUAUCAUUCACGGCGACGUGAAAGCGGAUGCAUGGGUCGGCGGCCGUUUGUGCGAUUUCAGUCAAUCUACCACAAGCCCCCACGGCGCAAUUAAUCCCGAGUUCACCAAUAACCCGAAGCUUGGUAAGCGAAUUCAAAGCCAAAAGGUCACGCCAAACGAAUAA